CAAAUCCAUUAGAUAAAAAUCAAAUAAAAGCACAAAACAAAGGAAACCCUAGCAACCCACCACACCCACUGUACUUCUGCUCGGCACCCAAACGACCUAACCAAUUUUACGCAUUCUUUUCCGAUGGCACCCAAACGCCCCUCUGAAGAUCCACCCGCCGCUUCCUCUGAGGAAGACGAAGGUUCCACCUCAACAGAACAAGACGCAGAAGCAUCUUCUUCCGAGGAAGAAGAUCCCCAAACCCAAACCCAAACCCAAACCCCAACGAAACCCGUUUCCUCCUCCGAUUCCGAAUCCGGAUCCGAGUCAGAAUCCGAAUCGGAAACAGACCAACCAAACAACGCCCCUGUCCUUGCAUCCAAACCCUUAGACGCAACUCCUCUUAAAACCAUAACCAAACCGCCACCAAAACCCUCAACCAAACCCGCCAGAUCCAAACCGCCGCCGAAGCCGUCAGCAAAAGCCGCCGGAGUGAAAAGGGCCAGUGAAGCUGACGCCGACAGCAAACUGACAAAGAAGAAAACAAAGAACUCUGAGAACUCUGAGGAUAAUAAGAAACAGCGGUUCGAAAGACUCUGGAGCGAAGACGAUGAGAUAGUCCUAUUAGAAGGUAUAAUCAAUUUUGUUGCAGAAAAAAAAGUUGACCCUAACAAGGAUAUGACCUCGUUUUAUGAUUAUAUUAUGAAGUCUGUUCAUUUUCCUGCUAGUAUGGCACAGUUAAAAGAUAAAGUAGUGAGAAUGAAAAAGAAAUUUGAGCGUCACAUUGUAAAAAAUGGCGAUGAGAUGACGUUCUCUAAUGCCCAUUAUCAGAAAAGUUAUGACUUGUCGAAAUUGAUUUGGGGUGUCAAUGGGUCUAUUACCGGAUUGGAGUCUACUGGUACUGGUAAAGGAAAAAAGAUCGCUAAUAAUAAUAGUAAGAAUUUGACUGCUUUGAAGGCUGAAUUGGGGUUGGAUGUUGAUAAGGAAAGCCAGAAAGUGAGUAAGAGUGUUGGUGUUCCUAAUAGUGGUGUGAAAGUGGAGAAAAGUGUUGGUAUUCUGAAUAGUGUUGUUAGCCGGAAAGUGGAUAAGAGUGUUCGUUUUCCUAUUGGUGGUCUUACUGAAAUGGGAAAUUUUGUGGCGAUGAAGGGUAUGGAGUUGGUGGACGAACAUAAAAAAUCUGAGAUGGAAGAGAGGUGGAAGAAAUUGCAACUGACUGACCUGCAACUGUUUAUUGAUCGAGUUGAUUUUUUGAAAGAGCAAGCGCAGCUGGUCAUGGCCUCUUAUAAGAAGGAGUAGGAUUCGGCUUUUGGGAAGGUGGAAGAGAGCUUUUGCAGAGUCGACUGUGUUGUGUGGCAGCAAAGCAAAAAGUAGUUGAAGAAGUUGUUUUUGUAUGGCAAGCAUCAAUGUGGAAUUUCGGUGAAUAUGUUUAAUUUGGUUUAUUUUAAAUUUUUCGGUUUAAGUAGUAGUUUUUUUAUUAGCUAAUAUGACUGUUAAUAACUUUAAUGGUUUAUUUUGCGAUAUGAGACUAUGUUAUGUUUUUAAUGCAA